AUGGCGCCAGCAUUUGGUGCCUACGCCCGCUCACUCCUGAGCCACGCUUUCUCUACCAGCCUCGAGGCCCGCAACCCAGAUGAGUCCCAUGAUGGCGUCUCAAGUCUCGGGCCCCUCGCUGCACGAUCCCUCCUCCUCGCUCGCGAUGAUGCACCUGCUCGGCCGGACCCCGAGUCCGGCAUCAUCCACCCUCAGGAUUUCAACAACAAGUUUCUAUUUGUUCUCUUCGGCCUGCUAGGCGCUGCCUUCAUCAUUGUGGGCAUCUGGUUCUUCUUCUGGGCCAGGAAUGGCGGCUUCUACUUCAAGGAGGAUGAUUGGGACGACUACAAGUCUACUGUCCUGCGCCGCAAGGGCCCGAACGGCACUACCCUGUCGGGGGCCACCACCGCGACCGAUCUUGGCGGCGGCAGUGUUUAUAAAGACAUUGACGACGGUAGCACCGAGGACGCCACUACUGUCGUCAGCGCCACGACCGGUAUUACUGGCAUUACUGGCGGCGUGAGCGAUUACGCCGGGCGGGAGAAGAGGCGCAAGAAGCGCGAGCAAAAGGAGCGUGACAGGGAGCGCAGGCGUGAAGAGAAGCGCCGCGAGAAGGAAGAGCUGAAGCGCAGUAAGGAGCGCAAGCGCGCGCGUAAGAUCGCUGAGGAGGGUGGAGUCAUCGACGAGGAUGCCGAGGCCGAGGCUGAACAGUACCUGCGCAACUACCGACAUGAGAAGCCAGCACGUGUUGGCGGCAUCAACAAAGAGAGCGACUCCAGCCAGUGGGACGGCUCAACGAACCCGACCGAGUCCUCCCGGGGCGGGUACACGGAGAGCACAGUCACCUCGGAGCUCAUGAACGACCACGACCGCACCCCCGAGAAGCCUAAGAAGUCCAGCGGCAUCCGCAAGGUCUACUCGACGGCCGACAAGCGUGAUUCGCGCGAGACUGAGCGCAUCCGGGCCGAGGCCAAGAAGCUUCAGGAGAGAGGCCGCGCCGCAGCCUCCUCUGCGGCAGGCGCGUCCUCAUCUCACAGGCGCAAUUUCUCCUGGCAGCAGAACAACCGCGUCGAUGAGGGUACCCCCAUGGCGCCGAGCACCUACGGCGGCAGCGACGAGGUCGAGACUAGGAUCCCCGGCAGCUGGACCGAGAGCGAGGUCGGCAGCGAGGUCGGCACCAAGUCCUACCGCCACGUCAUCCCCGGCCUGUCUGACUCUGGUGCCGGGUCCUCCGUUGGAGGCACGGACGUGAGGGACUAUGCCGAGGAGAAGAGGAAGAGGAGAGGCGGUGCUGGUUACAGACGGGAGAGGUAG